CCCUCAUCCAUUCCCCCAUCCCCCAAGACUGAGACCUCCGGCGCAUGGAGGAAGAAGAGACAUACCUGGAGCUCUACCUGGACCAGUGCGCCGCCCAGGAUGACAUCACCCCACCUGAGAUGCCCCUGCUCAGCCCAGUUGUACCUGAUGAUGUGUACAUAUCUAAUUCAUCCAAACCAGAGACUGCGUUUAAUUCACAUCUUGAAGUAGUCAAAGAAACAUCUGGUGAUUUCUCAUCUGUGGAUCUUAGCUUCCUACCAGACGAACUUACCCAAGAAAGUAAAGACCUGACUGUCAGAAGCAAGCAUGAAAUUGAAGAAAAUUGUAAAACUCAAAAUCAGCAAAGUAAGCUGCUGUUAUCCAGCCAACAAGAUGUUACCCUAGGUUUAAACAGUAGCUCUUCAUCAAAUUCCCAUUCACAUCUGCACCCCGGUGAUGCUAACUCAGUCCAGCCCUCUCCUGAAAAACCAAACUCCUUGCCUCUGGCAUCCAUAACUCCCAUGACACCAAUGACCCCUGUUUCAGAAUGUUCUGGAAUUAUGCCUCAACUACAAAAUAUAGUUUCCACUGCAAACCUGGCCUGUAAAUUGGAUCUAAAGAAAAUAGCUUUGCAUGCAAAAAAUGCGGAAUAUAAUCCAAAGAGGUUUGCUGCUGUCAUAAUGAGGAUCCGAGAGCCCAGGACAACAGCCCUCAUAUUUAGUUCUGGGAAAAUGGUCUGCACAGGAGCCAAAAGCGAAGAGCAGUCUCGACUCGCAGCGAGAAAGUACGCUCGUGUGGUGCAGAAGCUUGGGUUCCCUGCCAGAUUCCUCGAUUUUAAAAUUCAGAACAUGGUUGGAAGCUGUGAUGUGAGAUUUUCCAUCAGGCUGGAAGGUUUGGUGCUAACCCAUCAGCAGUUUAGUAGUUACGAACCUGAACUGUUUCCUGGCCUUAUAUAUAGAAUGGUAAAACCACGAAUUGUUUUGCUUAUCUUUGUAUCAGGAAAAGUUGUGUUGACAGGUGCCAAAGAACGUUCUGAGAUCUACGAAGCAUUUGAAAACAUCUAUCCUAUUCUAAAGGGUUUUAAAAAAGCCUGAGAUCAUUCAUCAUCUCAUAGUAUAUUGGUUUCUGCAUGUGCAUAAGCACAACACAGAAACAGCUAGAUUUUUCUACCUUUAAUUGUAAAUAGUCCAUGCACAUUUUGACUUCUGAGAAGGAUGAUUCUAUGUGAGUGACCAUGCCUAAGAAAUGAAGAAAACUUCUGAU